AUGUGUACAAAAAAAAUAGGGGUUUACUAAAUGGAUUUGACCAUCAAAUUGGGACGAGGAGCCUAUGGAGAUGUGUAUCCUGGCCAAGACAAAAAUGGUCUUUUUAUUGCUAUCAAAUAAAUAGCAUUGCCCAACAAGGAUGAGAAGGAAGUGGAGAAGGCUUUAAACAUGGCCAAGAAUGAGAUUUCAGUAAUGCGAACCAUCCAGGAUGUGAAUGUAGUCAAAUUUGUAGAUAUGGUGAGAACGUAAAACAACUUGUAUCUGAUGAUGGAAUACUGCAAUGGAGGGAGUUUAGACAAAUAUAUUUGCAAGAAAUGUUCAAAGGAUGAAAGAUAUUUGGCGGAAAAGGAAGCCAAAAUAAUCAUGAAAUAAAUAGUUUCAGGCUACAAUGCUCUCUAUUAGCGUAACAUUGUACAUAGAGAUCUUAAAUCUGCCAAUAUAUUAAUACAUGAUGGUGUUGUUAAGAUAGCGGAUUUUGGAUUUAGCAAAUUCCUAGAAAAAACAGAUGAAUAGUUAUUGUACACUUAUGCUGGCAGUCCUUUGUAUAUGGCACCUUAGAUUUUAUAAUAAAAAUAAUACACCAAUAAGGCUGAUGUUUGGUCUAUGGGAAUUAUAUUUUAUGAAAUACUUUUUGGCAAACUACCUUGGCAUGCUAUCACAAUUCCAGAUUUGAUUAAUAAAAUUAAAAAUGAAGAACUGCACAUACCUCAAUUUCCAGUUGUUUCAGAUUUGAUGAAGGAACUCAUUAAGAAGAUGUUAUAGAAAGAAGAAGCAGACAGGAUUUGUUGGAAGGAUGUCUAAAAUCAUGCUUAUUUUAAUGAACAAAUGGAGUUCGAAUAUUUAACCAAUCUAAGAAAUUCCUAUAAUGAGAUUGAAGAAGAAACUGAUGAGCUAAAAAAAUCAAAUGCCAAAAAGAACAUUUAUUUUCAAUAGUAAAAUGUUGUCUAACAUGUCUAUCAUGCUGAACAAAUAUAAGACUAAAUUUAGAAUGCAUGUCCUGGCAUUCUAGAAGCUAAGUAAGAAAUCAAAUUAGAAAAUCAUAAGAAGAAUAGAAACUUAGAUUAAAUGUACAAAAAAUAAAAAGAAAAAGUAUCAAUUCAAUCAUAGAUGCAAUUAAUUUCAGAUUGGGUUGUGCAUCGAAAGAAUAAAUCAGCAUUUGUCAGUUUAAUUAAUUCUUAGCUAUAUGAUUAAUUUUAAUAAAAUUUAAAAACUGUUUUAAAUGAAUAAUUAUUCUGGGGAUUCUUGUUUCUAUUAACAAAGUAUCAAAAUAGCAUUCUUUUCAAAAUGAAAUGCAGACUAUGCAGUGGUAGAUUAGAUUCUAACAAUUAAAGAUGUUCUGCUGAAGAUUGGAAGAAGUUUUGUAAAUCUAAAGAAGGACAGACUUCCCUAAAAGUGAUUGAACAUGAUUUUCAAGUUAUUAAUCAAUUUUGGGAUUCCAUUAUACCUGAAACUCUUAAAUCAUUGCAAGGCACUCAAGAUUAACUUCUAUUAAGCAUCCUUAAAGUCUGUAAUAAGAAUCAAAUUGAAAAAUAAUCCUUUGAUUGCAUUUUCAAGAAUGCAGCCAAAGCAGUUCUAGAAGCAGUUAAACUAAGAAUAAUUUAAUAAAAAAAUAAUAUUUCCUUGUAACUUUUAAGAUUUGGAUAACAUUUAUAAAACAGUUUAGACAUGAAUUAAUUAUUUAAAUUCAAAGGGCCAAAACAAAUCGAUUUUUUCAAGUAUUAUGAACAAGUUGAAAAUUUUACUACGUAAUAAAUUCUUCAGAAAUUGAAUAUAUAAUUAUGA